AAGGAGGUUAAGGUUAGAGCUCCUAGUAAGGGGAAGGAACUCGUCCCCCCUCCUUCUCUACAAAGCAGCCUUUUUGACGCCUAAGACACGAUGGCUACUAGGGGAUUCAUCAAUUCAACCCUUCCCAAGGUGGAUCGACGCCGGGCUAGGGAGAAGGUGCUAACUCAUGCAGGAGCUACAGUUGUCAAACACACCCUGGAGCUAAGAUGGGAUCAUGAUGAAGAAGGUCACACUGUUUUUUCUCCCAACUUUGACUUCGAGUUCAUCACAGUUAAGGAAGGCAAAGCAGAGGCUGUGGGCACAGAGGUCGAAAAGAGCCAGCCACCUCCUCCAGUGGAAAUCCAUCCAGUUCCCUUAGAAGAAGAGUAGCCAGCCCUUCCAGAAGUGGAGCAGCCACCUCUUUGUGUAGAGCAACAGCCACCUCCCCCAACAGAGUAGCUAGGGUUUCCAUUUUUUGAUUUGUAUUUUCUGUUAAAAUUGGAACAAUUUGUUGAUUUUAUUUUGAACAUUUUUGUAAGAUUUGAUUUAACGAUUGAAUAUAUUGAGGAUUUGUUUCAAGAUUUAUGUUAUGUUGCCAUUAUGUAAGAACAAAAAUGGAAGAAAUCACUUUGAAUGUGAAGUGAAAUUCAUUAAUAAAAUUAAAGUUCAAGG